GAGGCAAGCAUGACUCAGGGCAGGAGUGGGAUGCCCAGGAGGCUGGUGCGAUGAGCGGUGACGUCCUGCAGGAGAUCAAGGCUGCCUUUGACAUUUGUGAUACCACCGGCUCGGGCGAAAUCAACGCCAAGGAGCUGCACUUGGUCAUGCGGAAGCUGGGCUUCAAGGACUCCUUCGAGGAGGUGGACCGCAUGAUCGCGCAGGCGGACGAUGGCAGCGGGACGAUGAACUUUGGAAAGUUCCGCUGCAUGGUGGGAAGGAAGAUGACGGAGCGGAAGCCGCGAGUGGAGAUCGCCUUUCAGCAGUUCGACCCGGAAAAGCACGGCUUCAUCACUGUGCAGAAGCUGAAGCGAGUAGCCAGGUCGCUUGGCGAGGACUUGCGUGAUGCCGAGCUGCAGGACAUGAUCAAUCUCGCCGACAAAGAUGGUGACGGGGUUGUCAGCCGAGAGGACUUCAUGUCAUUCAUGAAGGAGCGAGACAUGUGGUGAGACGAGAAAGCCUCGGAGGCCACGGUAGCUGCAUGGCAGUUGAUGGAAGUGCGUGGGGACAGGUUUCGGAAUUUUGGUCGUCGCUUUCCAUUUGCAGGGGUUCUCAGGAUGUCGAAUGGCUGUCGGCUCAAAGACCCUAUCAACCUUUCGGCACGCUUCGCGUUCGCCAGAAGUGGCGCAGAAUUCGCUGCAAGUUCACUGGCUUCCGGCCACGCCGAGCUGCGAUUUUGGCCGCAGGGCCAAAGGUUUGCCCCGGUGGCCCAGCCGUCCUUCUGGCGCCGAAUGGCGGCGCAAGGCGGCGCCCAAAAGCUCCUCGUUUUCCGGCGGUCGCCUGGACCUCGUCAAUUACUCCAGUGA